GACCCUUCAGCGUCCCUUUGAACUGCGAAUGGGUGAUCGACGCUCAACAUGUGUGGGCACCGAACACUUCGAUUAUCGUCUAUCUGACCCAGUUGUUCGUCUACGAGGGACUCACGUUCACCGAAUAUCAGCUCUACGGGAGCGACUACAAGAUCAACCCGCAAAUCAUCCACCGCGUGAAUGAGUCUAACAUCAGCAAAGUGCGGUGGAUCCAGACGUUUCAGAGUUUCUUGGUGAUCCGUCUCGAGUUGAUCACUGCGGACAGUGCUCAUUUGAGAGUGCUGGAUAAUUUUCUAGACGUUUACGGAUUCAACAUCACGUAUGAAAUAUCAACAGAGGCCGUCAGGCCGAACUCUUGCACGAUGAUGGAUUGCGGUUUCACCGGGAAUUGCUACGACUACUACAGCUCAUUCAGUUGCAAGUGUCUGCCCGGGUAUGCUGGACCGCAUUGUUCUGAUGGCCCUAAAUCUCUCUGCGAUGCUUCUGGCCUCCCAACUUGUCGAAACGGAGGCACUUGUUUACACGUUGGAGUCGCAUCUGUGAAAUGCCUUUGUACCCAAAACUUCACUGGAAGUACUUGCGAGAAACCCAUCGCUGACAUCUCACAAACAG